CCAUAAUGAUAGCUUCACUUUCCUCCACUGUAGUUCACUUUUCUGCCCGGUUUAUAUUGAAUAUUCUGACAACAGACUCCUUGAUCAGAGUUUUGACCUAAUACACUGCACCAAGAUUUUAGAUAUUUCUUCGUCAGUGUUCUUGCGGGAAGGUGAGAAUGAUUUGGUUUUGAAAUGGUCGAAACCCAAUUGUAGAAAGUGCGAAAUAAAAGGAAAGAUGUGUAAACUGAACAAUAACGGAACUGAAGAUGAAAUAGAAUGUUUUGACCGUCAUCACAAAUCAACAAAGAAGAUACUUUUACUUGCCGCAGGGAAGUGAUAGGUGAAGGAGCUCAUGGAAAAGUUUUUAAAGGUAAACUAUCGAAUGAAAUUUGUGUGGCUGUGAAGAUGCUCAACAUUAACAACACCGACAACGAUGGGAAAGAGUUCAUUAACGAAGUAAACGCUAUGGGAAAAGUUCAUCACAUCAAUGUGGUUCGUUUACUUGGAUUUUGUGCUGAUGGAUGCUACCGUGCUCUUGUUUAUAAUUUCUUUCGAAACGGUUCGUUACAGAACUUCAUAACUCCACCUGAUGACAUGGACCAUUUUCUUGGUUGGAAGAAGCUACAACAAAUUGCUAUUGGCAUAGCCAAAGGUAUUGAGUAUCUUCACAUGAGUUGCGAUCAACGAAUUCUUCACUUUGACAUUAAUCCCCACAAUGUGUUAUUAGAUGAAGAUUUUGUUCCAAAAAUAACGGAUUUUGGUUUGGCAAAAUUGUGUGCUAAAAAUAAAAGCAUAGUGUCAGUAACUACAGUGAUAGGGACUUUAGGUUACAUUGCACCUGAAGUGUUUUCAAGGAACUUUGGAAAUGUAUCGUAUAAAGCUGACAUAUAUAGUUAUGGGAUGUUAUUGCUUGAAAUGGUAGGAGGAAGAAAGAAUAUAGGGAAGUUGUCUGAAGAAAAUUUUCAAGUUCUGUAUCCAGAAUGGAUUCACAAUCUGCUUGAAGGGCGAGAUAUGCAAGUGAAUAUUGAGGGGGAGGGAGAUGAUAUGAUUUUAAAGAAACUUGCAAUUGUAGGACUUUGGUGCAUUCAGUGGCACCCAAUAAAUCGUCCAUCUAUAAAAGCUGUGCUCCAAAUGUUAGAGGCUCAAGAUGAAGGAAACUUGACUGUGCCUCCAAACCCUUUUAACUCCACAACUUCUAGAGUUGGUGAUAUCCCGAAAAAGUAUUCAACCUUAGAGUUGGAAGCAAUACAUGAAUGAGAGAAGGUAGUCAAAUUGGCGUCCAAAUUUUUCUAAAUUUUGGAGGCUUGUUUAAGUGUAGGACCGUAGGAGAGCAUAUAAAAUUAGAUAUCUCAUUUUUGGAUGGUUAUUACUUGGUGUUUGUGGGAUUUGAGGAACUGAUUAUCUUCCAAGGUGGAACGGCUAAAUGAGUUUACAUUGUUGCACAUAUUAAGUUAAUAUCUUGGAGGUAGUUUAUGAGUAGGGCAGGUAGAAAAUCAUCAUGUAGGUUUGCAAAUUUGUGUAUUUGUCCUCUUGGGUGCCUUGAAAACUUGUAAUGUUUGUUUGAUGUAUUAUAUGGGUUGGAAUACUCCUAUAACUCCCAUUGAUUAAUACUUCCUUUGCUUAUAAAAAAAUAUACCAAAUGUAUUAGUGAGGUGAGUCAACAGGUUAAUGAGGUGCGAUGUAGAUGACCUAUAUGUUUGAUUCAUCUUCUCUAUAUAUAAGUAUAUAUUUGUGUA